AUGCGUCUAAGGGCACUCGUCCCGCCUUUACCUGAAAACUUGCUCGAUGCUUUGGAUGCCUGCGACAUCACGACCGACUCGGAUCUCAUUUUUGUGAAGAAUUUAACUGAGCUUUUUCGAAAACUGCCCCCGAUGACCAUGGGUUUUCAAGAAUUCCUGGACCUGGUCUCGCGGGUUAUAAAGCAAGCUGCGGCGCCUGCUAUUCGCGGAGACCAGCUUUUAGCUAAGGAGCGAAAGCGACGUGAAGACGACAUCUAUGGCGAUUUAUCGACCGGUGUUCCCGAGCUGGAUGUCCUUCUUGGCGGAUUGCGCCCUCCGCGAGUUGUGGAAAUCUCCGGUGACAAAGGGUCAGGAAAAACCGCACUGGCCCUACAGAUUGUCUUGCGGAAUUUGUCUACCGUAUUCGAUUCCGCCGCAUUAUGGAUCGACACAGAUGGAGCGUUCGCCCCCGAAAGAAUACCUUCAUUGUUGGAAUCCUAUCCCGGAGAGGUACCUUUGAAACAUGCUGUCACCAUCAUCAAUUAUUCUGAUGACGAGCAGGGGGUUGGAACGGUACUUGACCGACUGCAAAUAGCACUCGCAUUUGACGUUGAGACCACCCAAGAGGUCCUAGAGCAGCUGCGAUUUUCACUCAGCUCAGACCCACCUGUUCCCCCGAUUGUGCGCUGUGUUGUGAUCGAUAGUAUAACUCCUCUUCUUGGACCGUUGCUAAGUGCCAUCUCAUCCCAAGGUAUUCCUUCUGAUUUUUCUGCGUUGCAUGCGACUUCAAAAUUUCCUCGAUUCACAGGCCACGCUAUCAUGACCACAUUUAUGCGGCAGCUCCGAGCGCUUGCGGACACAUUUUCCUUGACCAUCCUCGUCAUUAACUCGUCAAGUCGGUCAUUACCUUGCAAUCCUGACUCCGCGUUCCUGUCGACUGUCAGGAAGCCUGCACUCGGCCCGUCCUUUACGUUCCUUACUGACACCACCCUCUGGUUAUCGAAAGAUCUAGCGGAUAGUAGCAAUGCCGAUGAGGAAGCAACGACGCAUGUUGCUGAGAUAUUUCGAUCAAAGAAGACGGUGAGCCAUGAAUGA